CGUAGAGAACUGUGUGGGCGAUUCAGGCCUUUAGCACAGAGCACCGAAAGUUCAGCUGUCUUGAAGCGUUUAAACAGAUGCACUUUAAUUGUAUGAAGAAUUAUCAUAUCGUGUGCUAAGGUGAAGACCUGAGACGCCAGAGGAUGAGCUGACCUAAAAAAAUCUGCAUCAAAUUUUCUUUGUGUGCCAAAAACUUUAACCUCGAGAUCGAACGCGAAAGUGGGUCGACGUUCAAGCCUCGUCAUGUAUUCUGUGUGGUUUAGAGAUGAAGAUCAAAGAAGAGGGAGAGAGAAAAGAAGGUGACAUCAUGAGAGGAGGUGUCAUUCACCAUAAAAAUCUGAGCAGCUCCGAGUUGCAGUCACACAGAACACCACGAAACAAGAAGGAAGACGACACCAUAGCCUGACCCUCCGCUUUCUGACAAGAGCCAGCAGAGCCUGAACCUCCAGCAGAGCCUGAACCUCCAGCAGAGCCCCAGGGUUAAAAAAAAACACCCAAUAACUUCUCGACCUGAAAAAACCCCAAAAACGAAACAACCAGAACAUCCGACCGAAGAACAAACAGAGAAACCCGGCAGCAUGUUUUCAGCGACAAACAAAGUGACGGCCGCCUGUGUCGUGGCAAUAAUGAUGAUGAUGAUGAUCACAGAGGCAGCGGCCAUGCCGAAGACAGGAAGGACACACAAGCAUGGUGCAACGCUUGAAACAGUCUCCCUGCAGCUGGACGCCAAAACUCUGGAAACCCACAGACACACCAGGCUGCUGAACAACGCCUCCAUCUCGCCAUGGACGUACAACGUCACCACCGACGACACUCUGUUCCCUCCCUUCCUGUCGGAGGCUCACUGCCUGCUGCAGGGCUGCCUGAACUUACAGGGCCAGGAAGACCGGAACCUGGAGUCCAGACCCAUCAUGCACCAGGUGCUGCUGCUGCGGCGCAUCAGGCCAGAAGGGUCGGCAGACUACCACUACCGCCUGGAGUCCCGCCUCAUCUCGGUGGGCUGCACCUGUGUCAAGCCUGUGGUCCGAAUCCAGCAAUGAGGACCAGCAAAACGGGCUCAUGUACGGAAGACCGGGAAUGUCGAGAGAAAACGAAAUUAGGGGUCCAUACAUGUAAAAUGCAGAAUUACCUGCAUGUAAAUACGAAAAUCCGACAAAAGCGACAAAAAUCUGAUAAUAUCUAAUUUAAAUAAUUUUAUCUGUCAGAGUACGUUUAUUUAAAUGAAUGACGAGCUGAUGACCAACAGACUGACUUCAGUCUGCUGUUUCAUCUCAGUGACUUAGUGAAAUGCUGCUUAGCGUUAACCCUGCCAUCUUUUUGUUUUAUGUAUAUUUCCAGCGAUUAUUAUUAUUAUUAUUAUUAUUAAUAAUAAUAAUAAACAGCUCACAUUUACUCCAGAAAUAGAAAAUGGGAGAAACUACACAACCAAACGCACACUGUAGCUGAGAUUUAAAAGCAGAGAUUUAUUUCAUAUUCUUUCUGUUAUUUAUGGUUUAAAGUAAUUUAAUUUUGUUUUAUUUAAGUAUUUUGUGCUCUUCAGUAGAUAUUUAUUGACUCUUAAUGUAUUUAUAAUCCAGAAUCUGACUCAAUAAAAAACCUGAACCAAGUAGUAAAGUGUGACUGUUUUAU